AUGGACCUCCUGGCCAGCAUCCGCAAGACCGGCUCCAGAGGCGGCGUCAAUUUUAGUUGGGAUGAAGUCGCCAACUCGUCGCAACGCGAAAACUACCUGGGCCACAGCUUGAAAGCGCCGGUGGGAAGAUGGCAGAGAGGCAAGGACCUCAACUGGUACGCAAAGGCCGAGCCAUCCGCCGCCGACUCGGCCGAAACGGACGAGGAGCGGCGCGAAAGAGAACACAAGGAGGAGAUACGCAAGAUCAAAGAGGCCGAGGAAGAAGCCAUAGCUCGCGCGCUUGGGAUGCCGCCUCCGCAGCGAAACACAACCGGGGCGAAUUCCGUCAACACAAAGAGGAACCUCGGCGAGAUCGUUCACGACGGCACGAGGAGUCGGACAGGAGGGACCGGACGCGGCAUAGAAGCAGAAGCGGAAGUCGGCAUCGGCACAGAGGGCACCGGCGACGAAGUCGAGACGCAGCACGGCCAAGAGAUAGGAGUCGUGGCGGACGCGCCAGAGAAUGGGACGAACGUCGACACGGGCGAGAGCGAAGCCGGAGCCGGAGUAUUGACCGGAGAGGUGGAAGGCACAGGGACAGGAGCGGGGACAGGAGCAGGAGGCGGCGGCCGAGAUCUAGAGAGAACCGGAGGCGGAGCACGAGUCCGCGCCCCCGGCGUCGCGAUGCUUGACAUUCGCGGCGGCGCAUUCAUUACAUCAAUGUAA